AUGUCUCGUCAGCAGGCGAAGGCUCCUGAGCCAGUUCGGAUGAACACCGAGCUAUUUACCCUCACGUAUGGCUCUCUGGUAGCUCAAAUAGUUAAGGAUUUCGAAUCGGAUGAUGCGAUAAAUGAACAGCUGGAUAAUAUUGGCUUCAAUAUUGGUCAGAAGUUGGCCGAAGACUUUGUCGCCAAGGGCAACCCGGGUAGAUGCGCAGAUUUCAGAGAAACUGCCAACCAACUAGUAAACGGGUUUAAGCACUUCCUUGGAAUUUCUCCCUCUGUGAGCAAAUUUAGCUCCGCUGGAGACGAAUUUUCGCUCCUUCUGGAUUCGAAUCCUCUCACGGAGUUUGUCGAUCUCCCUUCUGAACACCCAAAGCUUCUCUACUGUAACGUUCUUGCUGGUGCAAUUCGCGGUGCUUUGCACAGCAUGCAAUUAGAGGUUGAUGCAAGAAUUGUUCUCGAUCAACUUCGUGGCGACAAACACACCGAAAUCCGUGUUAAAUUUAUUCGUCGAAUUAAGGAGGUCUUUGCGGGAGAAGACUAA